CCUCUUGUUCCUAUGUGCGUCGAGAGAAGUCUCCUCCUCUCACCGAGUCUGAGCGCACGUCUCCAACCAGCCUUUACGCGCGAGCAAGCUGCCCAAGAGAAUCCCCUGCGGUCGGCCCCUCCCCUUUCCGCUUCUUGCCGCCCUCACUCAUUCAUGACCCCGGAUCGGUGACGUAGGAGAUUCCACGGUGCCCACUGCCGUAGGCAAUUACUGGAUGCUUUUGUAUAAAAGGUACACCGGUAGCCAUCCACCGGCACACUCUCAGUCGCUCCGACUCGGGAACCAGGGCAUCAGCGGAGAUAGCAGGCUUUAUUUCGCCCUCGUAGGCUAACUCGCUUUGGGCUUUGGUUCAGGAUGGAAACCUCUUCGAAUUCUCGGAGCCGACGAAGCUCCAUCAUGCGCAGCUGCAAAAGCGGUCUCUCCCUCUGGCUGGUGGUGUGGCUGGUCCUCGGCAAGCCAAGUCCGGCGUCGGCGUGCCCGCACCUGUGCGUGUGCUACCCGACGCCCAUGACUGUGAGCUGCCAGGCGCAGAACUUCACCGCCGUCCCGGUCGGAGUGCCCUAUGAGUCGCAGCGCGUGUUCCUCCAGAACAACCGGAUCACGGAGCUUAGAGUUGGCUCUUUUGGCUUCGGAACUCAGGUUCUGUGGCUGUUCGCCAACAACAUCACGUGGAUUGAGGCAGGGGCCUUCAGUGAGCUGAGGGACUUGGAGGAGUUGGACCUGGGGGACAACCCUAACCUCCACAGGCUGGAGGGGGGCGCCUUCCGCGGCCUAGAGAAGCUCCAGAGCCUCCACAUGCACCGCUGCCGACUCACUGCCCUGCCCCAUGACAUCUUCCACAAGCUGUACAGCUUGCAGUUUCUCUAUCUGCAGGAGAAUAAUCUCCACUUCCUGCAGGACGACAUCUUCUCCGACCUCAUCAACCUGAGCCAGCUUUUCCUGCAUGGCAACCGCAUCCGCACCCUCUCAGAGAAUGUGUUCCGUGGCCUGGUCAACCUCGACCGCCUUCUCCUCCACGACAACCGCGUCAGGCAGGUGAACCGCCGCGCCUUCCGCGACCUCGGCCGCCUGACCAUGCUGUUUCUCUUCAACAACUCCCUGGCGGAGCUGCACAGCCAGACCCUGAGGGACACCCAGGGCAUCGAGUUCCUCCGCCUCAACGCCAACCCCUGGUCCUGUGGCUGUGAGGCCCGCGCCCUGUGGGAGUGGUUCCGCGAGGCCCGCGUCUCUUCAUCCGAAGUGAUCUGUGCCUCCCCUUCCGCCCGCCGCGGCGAGGACCUCCGCUUCCUCCGUGAGAUGGACUUCGCCCUCUGCCCCCUGCCCGACCCAGGCUCCAUCGCUGGCUCCACCACCACCACCUUCAGUACCAAGACCCGCUGGUGGUUCCACAAGAACAAGCCCCAGUCGUCCACGAAGGGUCUCUUUGAGAAAUCCUCAGAGACCGUCAAGGCCGGUUUGUAUGGAAAAGGCCCAUCCACAACCACCUCGGUGGUCAAGUAUGAGCUGGGGGAGGAAGAGCUGGCGCUGCCCAAACUUGACACAGAAGAGUACUGGGCAAACUACGGCAACGAGGACUCAGGUGUCACUCUGCGGUGCUUUGAGCUCGAAUGUCCACCUGAGUUCGACCUGCCUCCAUCUUCCUCCUCUCCCUCAUCCUCCUCGCCAUCGCUCCUCUCAUUACUAGCCCUUUCUGUUUUCAGCUUCUGCCUCAACCUCCACCUACUAUUUGGUUGAAUGAGACUCUUAGUAUCACCCCUCAGUUCCUUCCAGCCUGUUUUAAAGGCUGUGGGGACCCCUGUUAGACUCUCAAUACCCCCUUUGCCCGCUUUGCUGUAAGCCAAUCCUCAAGGCACAGCGAGGGAGAUAGGGGGACGGUAAGAUUCUGAAUCUACCACCUACAGGGCUUAACACAUUUCAGGGCUGCUAAGAGUUCUCCAGCUAUGGUCACAUGUAUAUCUACAAUACUCUGCAGGUGUGGCUUUCUGUGUCUCACCUGUAUGACGGCAUGAUUCCCUGCAACCAGGGCUUCGAGGGCUGAGUCCAUCUCUAAUGUCAACGCGGUUUGAUAGCAACUGUGAAUGAUGUUGUGGAUUUUUGUCACCUCACCGUAGUUCAAACUACCAGUGCUUUUACUGCAUCCGAAUAACUGGCUGCUACGAAUACUACAAUUACUGUUAGAAUCAGUGCACAGUAAUGACAAUGCUGUAACCACUUAAAGUGUCAUGUACAUAGACAUGUGCUCUGUGAGUGUUUGGUCUGAUAUCUCUGGUCCGGCCACAAUCCCUUUCAUCUUUACCCAGGAAAACUGUGAAGGCUACUGCUUCUACAAGACAGAGCAAAGGCGAGGAGAAAAUAAACAGAGACAGACAGAUAGAGAGAAAGAGAGAGAGAGAGAGAGAGAGAUACGAGGGAUGUCAAAGAAGAUGGGACAGUGCGAAGGAAAAUGGAAGCGAGAGGAGGGAAAGGGAUGUCUAAGUAAACAGGAUUAGAAAGAGAGAAAGUUUAGGAGAGAGGGGGGCGACAGCAUUCAUGCAGCAAUAAGGGAAGACACAGUGAGACACUAUGAAGGACAGGGCUGGCAGUAGAAGCAGCUACCUGCAGGAGAAAAGUAGUCAUUCCACCCGUCACACCAUCCACCACUUCCCUGUGAAUGUGGUGUCAUUUGUGACAACCACGGGGAACAAAUGCUUCCUGUAAGGGAGCCAGAUAUUUUUUUUUGUUUUUUGAAUGUCUUUCUGUGACAUAUUGAUAUGACGUGUAAAAAGAUUGUUUAAUGGAUGCAGAUGAUGAUCUAGAUAAAAAAACUAUACUGAA